AUGAUUUUGAAGAAACCUUCCCUUUAAUUGUACAAGGUAUUAAAAAUUAAAAGGUUUAAAGGAUCUCAAAUAAAUUCAUGGUUAAUAAAUGUCAUAAAUUUUGCACAAUAAAAAGAUAUAUAUUAUGGUUAUUUAAUUUAGAACAAUUUUUUGAUUCUAUUGCAUGGAGGAGGCUAAAAACAGAAAGAAAUUAAUUGUAUUCUUCCUUUAUAAGAUUAAAAACAAGAAUUAUAUCAUGAAAUUCUCCUAGAUUUAUUUUGA